UGUCAUUCACAGCCGCCUGGCGCCAGCUUCCUGCUCCGCUGCGUGGGCUGGUCCGGGGAGAGAGCUGCGGAGCUGCGGGUCUCAGCGGCAUUUCGCGCUCUCUGUCCUGGUGAUUUCACCGGGUCAGUACCAGAUCGCUUUGCCAAGAGCCGGGAAGAACAAAGGGAUUAGGAGACGCUCGUCCCCUGCCCGCCCUCCUCCCACUGGCUUACUGUUCCGCUCGUUCCUGUUCGCGGAAGCUGCGUUUAUUUACAUCGCAGGAUUGUAAGUACCCGAUGCGAAGGACGCUCGCUGUGCUCCGCUUUUCUGAAUAUCUUUGUUCCGGGAGAGUUUGUGGAUUGGGAAUGUCUGCUGGGCCUUAAUUUCUGCGCCGAAAACUCUUCCGCAGGAGCCGCCAUUUGCUUUCCUGCUCCCUGGCUCUCCCUGCAUUGUGCGGCAGUGGCAUCUGGAGGCUGGAACUCGGCGUUGCAGCUACUAGAUUUAAAUGGACGAAAUGUGUCUAAUUACUGGUAUGCAAUCACAGCAUAUUUAGAAAAAUUUGGGACUUAAUUCAAAAUUAAGACAAAACAGAUGCUUACCUCCUGUUCUACUUAGAAUUGUGUGCAAAGAUUUCCGGAAGUUAGUAACAAACUGGUCUUUCUAGCUGUUGGAAUAGCUGGAACUUUUUAGUGCAACAAGUGGUUUUUAGAGGAGUCUCAAAGACAAGAUGAGUAAGAGCAAAGAUGAUGCUCCUCACGAAUUAGAGAGCCAGUUUAUCUUACGCCUACCUCCGGAAUAUGCCUCCACGGUGAGGCGGGCAGUACAAUCUGGCCAUGUCAACCUGAAAGAUAGACUGACAAUUGAGUUACACCCUGAUGGACGUCAUGGAAUUGUCAGAGUUGACCGGGUGCCAUUGGCUUCAAAAUUGGUAGAUCUGCCGUGUGUUAUGGAAAGUUUGAAAACCAUUGAUAAAAAAACUUUUUACAAGACUGCUGAUAUUUGUCAGAUGCUUGUGUCCACAGUUGAUGGUGAUCUCUAUCCUCCUGUGGAGGAACCAGUUGCUACUACUGAUCCUAAAGCAAGCAAGAAAAAAGAUAAGGACAAAGAGAAAAAGUUUAUAUGGAAUCACGGAAUCACUCUGCCUCUAAAAAAUGUAAGAAAGAGAAGAUUUCGGAAGACAGCAAAGAAGAAGUAUAUUGAAUCUCCAGAUGUGGAAAAAGAAGUAAAACGUUUACUGAGUACAGAUGCUGAAGCGGUCAGUACUCGUUGGGAAAUAAUUGCUGAAGAUGAAACAAAAGAAACAGAAAAUCAGGGCCUUGAUAUCUCUUCUCCUGGGAUGUCUGGUCACAGACAGGGCCAUGACUCAUUAGAACAUGAUGAGCUUCGGGAGAUAUUCAAUGACCUCAGCAGUAGCAGUGAUGAUGAAGAUGAGACACAGCAUCAAGAUGAAGAAGAUAUAAACAUCAUCGACACUGAGGAAGAUCUGGAAAGACAGCUACAGGACAAGUUAAAUGAAUCAGAUGAGCAGCACCAAGAAAAUGAGGGAACCAAUCAGUUGGUUAUGGGAAUUCAGAAGCAGAUUGAUAACAUGAAAGGCAAGCUCCAAGAGACCCAGGACAGAGCAAAACGACAGGAGGAUCUAAUCAUGAAAGUGGAAAAUCUGGCUCUUAAGAACCGAUUUCAGGCUGUGCUGGAUGAACUCAAACAAAAGGAAGACCGGGAGAAGGAGCAACUUAGUUCUUUGCAAGAAGAGCUGGAAUCACUCCUAGAGAAGUGAGGAGAGCUUUGAAACAUAAUCAUUCCUUAAUCUGGUCAGUAUUGAAAGAAAAAUCUGGACUUCAUUACUUGGACUAAUGAUAUACCUUUGCAGUGGUUCCCAUUUUCUCUGCUGCUUUCUAUUCAGUUUGUCUUAUAGGCAAAUAUAAAUGUGAACGUCUAUCUUAUUUUUUUCUCAGUACCACUUUGCCAGGUACUUAUCUUGUAGAAGUAGGAUUGUGUGAUGAAUGAUUGUAGGAAAGUUGCAGGAGUAGUGGAAUGGGCAGUUCAAACUUAAUAAUCAUGGACUUUAAUAAACAGCUGGACUUUGCUGUUUCUUCAUCUUCUAGAAGCAGUGAAGUUAGUUUAGAUGUUUUUCUCUGCAGGAGCUAUUUUUUCAGUUACUCAGAGCAAUUCUCAAGUAGAGUUGCAAAGAAAUUCAUAAAACUUUUUUUAACAAUAAAAGCAACUAAUUUUCACCUCAUAUGUAUCUUGUUCUUUUAAGGGUCAUGUGUGUCAGUUAUUCUUAUGAGGUGGUUUUUGUUGGGGUUUAAUGACUGAGCCAUUUGAUUUUAUAAGAAGCUGUUAUGUUGGACUUUAAGGAAAAAAGGAACACAGCAGGGGCAAAGAAUUUGGGAAAUGUCAUCUUUGCAUUAUGUUAAGUUUCCAAUUCAACGGCUCUAUGUGGAGGUUAGGAAGCACUUGGUACAAAUUCUAAACUACCCAAAUUUUUGUGCAUGAGGGCUAUUUUUUAUUGUAUAAAAAGUACUAUAAUCACUUUAAAAUAGUAGAAACAAUAAAGGAAGGCUAUCAAGUACUAUGCAGUGAAUCGUUCCAUUCCUUUGGGUUAUUGUAUUUCUAAAUAUUUGCAACUUAAUUUCUGCAACUAUUUAAUAAUAUUCUGAGAGCUGAGGUGUUUUGUCCAUGCCAGGUUAUCAAAAUUGUUCAUAAAGGAAAUCAGUACUAUGGUCUGAUAUUUUAAAAUUUCUUAAAUAUAAUAUUCAUAUUAUUAAAUAGCCUAAUUGAAUAGCUCACAUUUGAGCUAUUUUUGAAAAACCAGUGACCAAACUUGAACAUUUUGCAUUUCUGACAUUAGUUUAUAAAGAAAAGCUUUGAUUUGAAAUUAUUAAUCUCAUGGAGCAAAUACUUAAAGCUUAUUUUAAUUUUGUAUUUGACUGGAAAUAUCAGUGGUGAAAUAGUAAGCAAAACUGUCCAGACAUCUCAAGUCUACAGUCAUACUGAUAUUUGAAGACCUCACAGACUAAUUUUAUUUUUUCACAUCUGAACACCCUUUUUUUUUUUUUUUUGUACCAAAAUGUACGUAUCAUUUAAAUAUCCCAAUAUAGAAUAUGUAGACUUAAGUGAAGUUUCUCAAUAUCCAGCCUUUGGAUUAUUUCUUAAGGUUUGCAUGUAAUAAGAGUCAAAUUUUGUAAUAUAUUAGGUAUGUGACAUAUUCUGGUUUAAGAUGCUUUGUAUUUUACUACACUUAAAGGAUGUAACACCUGAAAAGCUUCCACUAUAUUUGGCUUUAUAGUGGAUGAUUGUCAAUAUAUUUUUUAUGAAGAUGGCAACACCAGUGAUUACUGAGUUCUAUCAGUAAUGGGAAAGAUAGAAUAAGAAAAUGGCCUAGUGAUUUCAUUACUCUCAUUUCUAUUUAAGGGUUCUGCUGAUUCUGAUACUUUUAACCUCUAAACCUGAUCUCUUCUGAGCUCCACAUUUAGUAUAUUCAGCUCUGUAUUGGAAACACUUGAUUCUAGCACAUCUCAACCCUGAAUGUUCAAAAUGAAAUUCAUUGUUUCUUUUCCUUGUAGUCUUACUCAUGGGCAAUAGCUUCCAUCUGUGCACACACACAUUUUAUCAUGUAGUUUGACUCAGCCUCCAAAGGUAUUGUUAUAAGUAAGACACUUGAUUAUGUCACCCCCAUGCUAAAACCUUUAAUGAUAGAUCCUUGCUUUGAGGAGUAUUUAUAGUUCUUAAAAAGACAUGAUUAUGGGCCUCCCAGGUGGCGCAGCGGUUGAGCGCUGGGUUGCGAAGCUGCCCGCAGCCUCUGCAGCGCCGGUUCCAUCCCCAGCUGCUCCCCGGCCUCCUGAGGAGG